AUGGCGACAACGAUCGAGACCCCAACCGCGGGGCUCGAGGCCGGAACAGCUGCAGCAGCCAAGCCCAAGCUGCACGGCCGGGCUUUCUACGAGAGCAUUGGAAGCCCAAAGUACAUUCUCGCACCCAUGGUGGACCAGUCCGAAUUUGCCUGGAGAAUGCUGAGUCGAUCGUUCAUACCGCCAGCUGAGCAGAAAAAUCUGGUGGCCUACACGCCCAUGUUUCACGCGCGACUUUUCAAAGAUACGGAAAACUACCGCCAGUGCCACUUCCAGGCCGUGCGACCCGGUGACGCAAACGAUUCCACCUCGACGCCGCAGGCCUGGCUCGACGGCAACCCUUCCAUCGACCGCCCGCUCUUUGUACAAUUCUGCGCAAACGAUCCCGAUGCUCUCUUGGGCGCUGCGCUGAGGGUUGCUCCGUACUGCGACGCCGUCGAUCUCAACCUAGGAUGCCCGCAGGGCAUCGCCAAGAAGGGAAAAUACGGUGCCUUCCUGCAGGAGGACCAGGAGCUCAUUUUCAAGCUCAUCAACACCCUGCACCGGAACCUGCCGAUCCCCGUGACGGCCAAGAUCAGGAUACUGCCCACCAGGGAGGCGACACUCGCAUACGCCAAGAAUGUACUGUCGGCCGGUGCGUCGAUCCUCACGGUUCACGGAAGGCUGAGAGAGCAAAAGGGCCACUUGACGGGCCUAGCAGACUGGAGUACCAUCAAGUGGUUGAGGGAGCAACUGCCGCCGGAGACGGUGCUUUUCGCCAACGGAAACAUCCUGCAGCAUGACGACCUCCAGCGUGCGUUGGAGGCCACAGGCGCAGAUGGUAUCAUGAGCGCCGAGGGAAACCUCAGCGACCCCACCAUUUUCAGCCGCCCGCCCGAGCCCGGAACAGAGACGCGGGAGUACUGGCGCGGCAAGGACGGCAAGGGCGGGUACCGCGUGGACGCGGUAAUGAGGCGGUACAUGGAUAUCUUGCACAAGUACGCCGCGGGCGAGGAGCCGCCAUCGAGGCGGCCCCUCUUCGUGCCCGGCGACGACACAGCGUGGAUGAAGGAAAUGGACAAGGCGCUGGCGGAAGAGGAAGAGCCGGAGCGCAAGAAGCGCAGAAAGGACACGCCCAAGCUGGGGAAGAGCCGGACCCUGAGCCCCAACUACUCGGCGAUGCAGCCGCACAUGUUCCACCUGCUGCGGCACUUCGUAUCGAAGCACACGGACGUGCGAGACCUGCUCGCCAAGAGCCGUGCCGGGGACCUGGAAGCGUACGAGAAGAUACUGAGCAUGGUGGAGAGGAAGGUCGCGGACGGGCUGCUCGAGUACGAGAAGGCCGGACCCGCCAUGUUCGAGGGCGACGAGGUCUUGGGCCCCACGGCGGACCCGGGCGAGGUGAUCGAGGAGGACGGGGAGAGCUCCCGAGGCGCCAUCAAGCGGUGCAAGAGGCCGUGGUGGGUCGUGCAGCCCAUCAUCCGGCCCCUGCCCAAGGAGGCCCUGGCCAAGGGGGCCGUGUCGAUGAGCAAGAAGGACAAAGCCAAGAUGGGCAAGGCCGAAAACGGCGAGGCUGCCGGCGGCGAGGCGGCAGCCGAGGCAGCGAACGGCAAGGCCAAAGGGGAGACGGCGGCGGGGCAGAGUGUUCAGGAAAAAGUGCUGGAGACUGAUGACAAGUUACUCGCGGGCUGA